AUGACCCAAUUACAUGGAAAGUGGGAUCUAUCAUUCUUAAGAGUUUUUGAUUUUUGUGAUGAGAUUAAAAGAAGAAAUGUAGGAAGUCAUACACAGAUUAAAUUGAUAGAGUUGGAGGGUAAACAACAUUUUCAGCGAAUGUUUAUUGCUUUUGGGGCUAGUAUUCAAGGUUUUUUAAGAGGGUGUCGGCCAUAUGUCGGUUUAGAUGGAGCUCAUCUUAAGGGUAAAUUCAAAGGGAUUAUUGUUUCUGCAAUUGCAUUGGAUGGAAACAACUCAAUGUUUCCAGUUGCAUAUGGUGUGGUUGAGUCAGAAAAUGCAGAAAGUUGGGAAUGGUUCUUGGUAGCUCUCAAGGAAGCUAUAGGUUGUCCUAAUGGUUUGGUUCUAUCCAGUGAUAGGCAAAAAGGCUUAGAUAAGGCCCUUCUAGCUGUCUAUCCUACUGCUGAACAUCGUGAAUGCAUGCGUCACUUAUAUAGUAACUUCAAGAAACGAUUUCGAGGAGAUAUUUUGAAGAAACAUCUAUGGGGAGCAGCUAGGGCAUAUACAAGUUCAGCAUUUCAAUACCAUAUGGAAAGGGUGCAGAUGGCAGAUAGUAGAGUGGUUGAUUACUUAAGAGAAAAUCAUGGUCAUGUAUGGAGCCGCUCUUUAUUUGGAAUAGAUGCUAAGUGCGAACAAGAAACCAAUAAUAUCUCUGAGACUUUUAAUUCUUGGAUCAGUAAAGAAAGGAAUAGACCGGUGAUAGAUAUGAUGGAUGCCAUAAGGCAGAAAAUAAUGAUUAUGAUGAACAAAAGAAGAAGAGAUGCAGCAAAAUGGUCAACAAAGCUUGUACCGGGAGCAACUAAGCAUAUCAACAAUUUGACCAAGGAUCUUGGAAUUUAUAAAGUGUUGAGGUGUAGUGAUGAGCAAGCGGAGAUAGAAGGGCCUAAUGCUAGAUGUGAUGUAAGCUAA